GAUGCCCAUCGUACCUUCUAUUAUGUUUUAGAUAAUAUUAAUAAAGAUCCUUGCACGCCCCAAGAAGUUCGUGAUAUUGUUCAAAAUCUUUUAAAGAGCAAAAAAAGGAGGGAAGACCCAGCUACAAUGGAUACAUCUUCAAAGAAGCCAUGCGUAAGACCAGAAAUAAGUUGCUUCUGUCCGAAUACAGAAAUACCUUUGCAAGCCGAUGGGUCGGUAGACAUUUUAGAGAUUGUGAA